AUGUUUAGUCCGUUGGGAUCCUUUUCCCUGAACGACUUUUCGGUCAAACCUGUCUUACAAUCGCCAGAAAACUCUUCAGCUGCCUUAAAUGCAACUACGACACAAAUUUCAAGCGCAACCGCGCGUCAGAUGCCUGUUGCUGGUCCAUCUACCAGCACGCACUUGGGUCCCAACGUUUUGGACCGCUCAGGGGGUGGAGGAGCAGUAGAGGCCGUCAAAAACAAGAGAACAAGGACAGAGGAGGAGAUUCAGAUAAUGAAGGAUACAGCAGGGCGGUUUGCGACAUGCCUGGAAGCAGAUCAUAUUUCAGUUUUGUAUCCAGACGUGGAUUCACCCUUUGUUGACGCUGCCGACGUAGUCGACAGAUUGCUACCGUAUCACAUCUUGCAGCAGCCCAAGGAUGAUCUGGUUGCCAUCUUAAGGAAUGGGAAGAGAAAGGGGAAAGAGAAAGCUACUAGUGAUCUGCGUGAUAGGAUUACAGAAACUAGACUGUCAUUAGACUUCCUCAAACGACGGCAGGCUUUGGAAAGUCGAUUCAAGCGUGUGAAGCUCAAGUCUGGGAAGCGUACAUCUCCACACGACCAAGCAUAUAUACUUGCGCAAGCAGUUUUAGAGGCAGAUCGAGCAGAGACGACGUCUAUCAGCAGUGAGUUGCGAAACGCACGGGCAGAACUGGACAAGAUCCAACGCGAGAAACGAAUGGCUACGAUGCCGCCCCCUCGACCAUCUUACUUCCCACAAACUUCUCAGACUCAGUACUACCGGACUUAUCCAUAUGCAUACACUCAGCCAUAUGGUGGGGCCCAAACCGCUACUACUUCAUUCUCCACGUCCACCUUCUCCACGUCCCUUUCCUCUCCUUCUACGUACACUCCAUCUUCGACAAGUGCCAUUCCUGUACAACUACCAGUCGCUUCUCUUUCGGCCCUCAAUGCUCUUGGCAUUGUGCCAGUCCCUGCCACAUCUCUCCCCGCUUCUGAUCAACCACAACCGCCAGCAGUACUCAGAGGCUCCACUUCUAACGGCACUAUGCUUAGCCUGGAGAUCAAUGUCUCUCUGCUCCAGUCAGCUCAGAUGAGCGGUUUGGCCAUGCUACUGAAUUCAUUGAUGUCAAGGGGAGUGGGCGCAAAUGCAGCUACCAAUUCUGUGUUUCCAUUGCGACAAGCAAUGAAUGUUUCGCAUCCUACAGUAAACCCACAGUCCGAGUCUAGCAAUAGCACAGUACAUACGGCACCAUCCGCCAAAGAACCUAGCACAUCUUGA